GUUAGUGAAAAUUGUAAAAUGGCGGAUCAAAGUUUGGUGAGCUAGUGCAUAUAAAAUUAUUGGAUAGAAACAUGUUUAUUAACAGAUUUUUGGUGAAAAUUUUUUUCAUUUAGUUAGCCGGUAGUAUAGAUUUUUAGUAUCGUGGCAUUUGUGAUCCAAACAAAUAUAAGAUUUCGUGUGGUUUCUACUUAUGAAUAGACCUUGUCCACAUCUUAUGUAGCCAUAUUUAUGAAGUUUAUAUUGAAAAUAUAUCCGAUUGCUGCAGUUUCCAAUGAGAAAUGGGAUGGCUAAGCAACAUGAGCUAACCAGUAUUAAUUAUGGAUCCAGUGGGGCCAUGGUAUGCAACUCCCUAUAACCGCCUUGCUAGUGUGCAAGCGGGAUCAGGAAGUGGAGAAUUACAUCACCAUUUAGCAACAACAACUGCAGGUGCUCCCCCGACGACAACCACUCAACUUCUACCAGGUGGAUUUCUCUCCCCACCUCCUGUAGGAUAUGAAUCAGUAUUUACUCCUCUUUUCCACCAUGCAGCAGCAGGAGCGAAACCUGCAGCACAUUAUGUGUCUCAGGUCACACAACAAAGAGCACAAGCCUUGGCACAAGCUGCUGCUACUAAACAAUCUGGGGAUGGAGAGUUCCAUCCCCAAACUCAAGCUUUUUUUGAACAAGGUGCUGCAAGUGCCUGGCAGCAGAGUAGCCCUUUUGGGAUAUUACCCCAUGAAAGUGUCGUAGCCACUACAACUAGUAAAACUUACGAAAAUUUUAAUGCUCACUUUGCAGCUGCGCAAAACCUUAACAACCAUUUAAAUUCUCAAAUUGCCAAAACUGGUGCUAAUAGGGCUCAAAGUCCACAAGUAUCAACUGCAUCAACAAAAAAUAAUGCAUCACAAGGCAAUUCAAGUAGUUUCUUUCAAGUCCCAUCCAGUAUAUCUGACAAUGCUUCAAGUACUAGUAAAACUUUCUCUUCAUCCAACACAUCUAAUAUACAACAAUCAUGUAUUGUAUCCUCUCCUCCCACCACGGUCUCUAAGGAUUAUAGAGUUCCGCAUCCUUCUCCUCGUACCACAUUUUUAAGUUCUCCAAAUACUUCUCGUACUACCAUUGAAAAAACUUUUACAUCUCCAUCUAGUAAACAACAGGCAUCACCUGUUCAACCCCAAAUUCAAACCAAAGCCCAGACGAAAAUAUAUUCUGAGCUAGGAAAUCAACAAGAAAGACAGAGAUCUAGCAAUGAAGAUAAUCAAAGUCAGUCUUCUCCUAUAAGUUUUUCCAUAAUGGACGCCCCAGGCCGUUUGAACUACUCUGGUAGUAAUUCAUCUGGAAAAAGACCGCCACAAUUUCAGCAUAAUUACAGACAUUACCAACAAGGCAGUUCAAAUUCUGAAGAAUUUCAGAGACCUAAAAGUGGAUCUGAUUACAAUAAUUCGAAUGGACCUGAUUGUAAUGUUGUUGUACCGAGAAGACCAAGUCCACUUCAAGCACAUUCCCAGGCAUCACCUUUAGGUCAUGCUCAAAGUCCAGCUUAUCCUAUGUACAAUAGUCCUAUGAACUCAAUAUCGUCUCCUCAGCAAAGUUCUAGCAAUCAAGUAGCUCCACCUUCACCAUUGGAUGUUUCUGUACCAAGGCCAAGUUCUCAGACUAGCUCUGUAGCUUAUCCUUCUGUUAUAACUAGAGCAUUGAACCAUGAGAAAAAUUUUCCUGAUCGAUAUGAACGCCAGAAUCAUAACAAUCAGCAGAACCAGAACUGUUGGGAUGAGAGACAGGGCCAAAGAAAGUUUCAAAACAACCAAACAGGGUCACAGUCCAGCAGCAGCUACAGUUCAAAUAACAAUAUUGAAUUGAGUAGAAAUGAGUCCAGUCAACAGAGAGUGAUACUUGGUGGUGGCGAGAGGCAGCAAACAUAUUUUGAUUCAAACAGUGGUCAUCAAGUAACCCUACAAGAUCUUUCUAGCUGUAGGGGCGAUCCUAUGAGUAUAGUCAAGAAUUUACAACAGCAGCAACAGCAGCAGAGCUGUCAGGUACAACAAACUGAGAUUAAAACAGAACCUAAGCCUCCUAAAAGAAGGAAGAGCAGUGAUAAACCAAUUACUGAAAUGCAUCAGUUACCAAGUCGAAUUCCUCCACCAGCACAUAGCUCCGGUGCCAAUCAACCACAACAGAAUGGCGCUUAUUUUGACUUUGAUAGAUGGAAUCUUCCCCCACCUACUUCCAAAUUCCUCACACCUCAAUCAUUACAUCCACAACAUCAAAGUCUUAUGGUACCACAUCCGCAUGGUCCUCAUCACCCACCUCCACCUUUACCAUAUUUUGCUCCAUUCCAUUUACCGCCCCACCCCACCGAUUAUCAGUCUUCUGUAGAAUUGACCCCCUUAACAAAUUACAAUGAACAAUCACCACAAGCUUCCAGUCAGUAUCAACCACAACCUGAGGAACACCCAAAAGUGGUGGUGCCAAACAUUGAGGAGGAACUGAAUUUUUUGUCCCAAGAUUCAACAAGAGUUUCAAACAACCAACAUCAACACCAGGCUAUUCCAAAACCAUCAGUUUCCAUUAAUUCUGGUACUAAUAAAUCUGCAGAAAAGUCUGCUGGUACUGGCCCUAGUUUCAUGAGUAGCUAUUUAAAAUUUCUGCAGGGAGAACGGGAUACCUCCCCACCUCCUGCAAUGCGAGGAGGUAACAGAAAACAAACUUGGCCCAGGACUCCUAUGAAAGGUAUGGAAGACAAAUCUCCAGAAAGCAAUGGUGUCCCAUCAGGCCACUCUAAUUUAAAUCCGUCAGUGCCUAUAGUUCCUCUCAUACCUACACCAGCUGCUAGACUUUCAUCUCAUGGUGAUCCUCAAGAUGAUCCAAGGUAUUUCCCAUUACCUAAAGAGAGAAAACGUAACAGUUUCGAUAGCUCUGACGAUGGAUUUAGUUCAGAUGAUGAUUUCUUUGGAAAGAAGAAUAAACAAAAACCUCCACCUAUUUCAACCACAGAGCAGAUUAAAGAUAAAGAAAGAGAAAAGGAUAAAGAGAAAAAGAAAGAUAAAGACAAAAUCAAGAUGAUUAAAUCUCCUCCUGAUAAAUCGAAGAAAUCCAAAACAGACAAAUUUCCAAAACCGGAAAAAGAAAAAAAGUUCAAGGAAAAAAAAGAUAAAUCAAAGAAAGAGAAGGAUUUAGAAAAUGUUCCUAGACGAGAAUCGACAAAAAGGGCAGCAAAAAAGAAGAACAGUCUAUCAGAGAUUGGUAAAGAUGAUGAACCAGAGGAGCCACUUGAGUUUCAGGAUUCAGAUUCAGAUCCAGCUUGGACACCUGCUGCUAAUAAUGAUGAAGAGGACGGUGCGUUAGUUAUUAAAAAAAAUAGAAGAGGCAGACCACUUGGCAGUAAAUCGAAAAAAAAUUUAAAGAAUCUAAUAUCGGUUGCUGCCCAAGGAGCGGGUAUCAGCGAUGGCGAUGGUUACGGUAGCGAUAAUUCUCACAAAAAGAAAUCUUCACACAAACAUAAACAACCUCAACAGCCUCAGCAGAAUAUUGCACCUACAUUGGAGGAUAAUAUUGCAGCAUCAAUUCAAAGUAGUAUUCCAUCUGUCAUUGACGAAGGACCUUUCAAAGCUGGAGAAUUUGUAGUAAUUAAGUCUGAACUAAAAGAAGAAUGGCCUGCAAUCUGGAGGGUCGAUGGUAAAACACUACUUCAAAAAUAUGAACCUUUUGAACAAAACGGCAUAACAUUAUAUCGGAAUAUAUCAACGUAUACUUCCUGGACUCCCGAAAGUAAAAAGGAAUAUAUGGCUGUACCGGUGAAAUACAGGUCACAGAGUCAGUUAGAAACUAUAGUAGAGUUUUUAAAACAUGAAAUAACAAUUGUAGACUUUGAUUAUCAGGAACAGUGUAUGAAACAGUUUGAACUCUAUCAAGAUAAUUUUGAGGUGUAUAUCCAAACGCUGAUAUCCCAAGCUCUAGAUAGUAAUUUUCUCAUGGAAAUAUUCCAUGAAAAAGAUGACUACUUUCUCUCGAACGUGCAAACCAUUGAUGACAUAACAGAUAGUAAGAAACAAAAAUUCUUCAAUCUCUUGAGGUGGCCCGCGAACGUUCAAGCAGCAAUAUGCACCUGGCCAUGCUUCAAUGUUCUUAGAGAAGUUAGCGUUUCAGAUGCUGAGACAAAAAAUUGUGUAGCGUGCGGUAGAAUCGGCGUAACUGCCCGGGUACUCAUGUAUGGCCAGCCUUAUAAUUCUACAACAUUGGAAGGCUGCCAGCCUGAUCCUAAUGCCAUAAAUGAAAAGGACUUUUUAAUGUGUAGAUUAUGUGUAACCCAAGUAGAACUUUUGAAUAAAGUGACUCACCAAAAGUAUCUAAUGUAUAUAGAAUGUGCAAAACGUGUUAGUGAAAAACGGACUAAUGAUGCAACAAAAGAUACAACGUGUAUAUUAAAUGAGUUAUUGGCAGAUGAAAAUUGGCUAAAUCAGUUAUUCUUGGAAGUGCGAACGUCUUGGGGAGAAAUAGAUAGCAUAGACUAUAGUUUUAGAACAAAAAAUUCAGUGCAUUCUCAGUGAUUCAAGAAUUAAAAUAUUAAUUAGACCGUAAUUUAAAUCAAAACAAAACGUGUAUAUUUGAGAGUUUUUAUGGAUAAUAAUAAAUUGUAAUUAAUUUAGGAAUAGUAAUCGAUAUGCAUAAUAUUUGAUGAAUAAGUACAUAAUCUGUUUUUUAUGGUUACAUUUACCAUUGUAUGCUGUGCAUUUUUUAUUUCAGUGCUCUAACAUUUUUUAAAAGUGAUAUUGUAUUAUUUGUUAAUUAUUAUUUUGUAAAGAUUCAGCAUUGGUUAUUUAUAAAGAGCACAAACACUCAUUUAAUAAAAACGAACAUUAUCAUUUA